AUGUCAGACACCAACUUCAGCAAAACUCAGAAUAUGGUGUUUCUCUUGGUGGGCUUUCCUGGAAUUCCUGAUUUACAGUGCUGGUUUUCUGCACCUUUCCUUAUUAUGUUCACAGUGGCUUUAUUUGGCAACCUAUUAGUUUUACUCAUAACAAUAAAUGAAGAAAGCCUUCAUGAGCCAAUAUAUUAUUUUAUUUCACUUUUGUCUAUUGUAGAUUUUAUAGCUGUUGUUGUUGUUUUUCCUCUGUUGCUAAAAAUACUGUGGUUUGGUUCACAAUCUGUACAGUUUGAUAUUUGCUUCAUGCAGAUGUUUUUUGUUACUUUUACAUGGUUAAUGGAAUCAACAGUUUUAACUUUAAUGGCUUAUGAUCGUUAUGUUGCUGUAUGCAAACCUCUAAGGUAUUCAUCAAUACUAACUAAUACCUUUAUAAUAAAAGCAACAUUGUUCUUUACCUUAAGAAGUCUGUUUAUGGUAUUGCCUGUGCCUGUACUUGCCAGGAUGCUGCCAUACUGCAAUGCAAAUACUAUUCACAGUGUUUAUUGUGAGUAUCCUGCUGUGAUCAGUGUAGCAUGCUCUCACACAACCAUAAGUGAUAAUUAUCUCUACAUUAUCUUUCUUCUAAUAGGAGUGCCUGAUGCAACAUUGAUUGGACUUUCAUAUUAUAUGAUUAUUAGAGCUGCACUGAAAUUGAGUAGAAACGAAACUCGUCAGAAGGUAUUUAACACCUGCAGCUCUCAUAUCUUUGUGAUUGCCUUGUAUUAUCUAUCAGCAGGGCUUUCUCUACUGGUUUCUCUUUUUGAAAACAUUAUUCCUGCAUACAUAAGAAUCAUCUUUGCAGUUCUGAGCAUUACAAUACCACCAACAUUAAAUCCACUGAUAUAUGGUAUAAAAAAUAAAGAGAUUUGGAAAGCCAUAAUUAAACACUUAGGAAAAGUUAGGCUUACAUUAACAGGAAGUAGCCAUCCUUGA